CUGCUGGGAAAACAAAUAGCUUUGUUAUAAAGGAAUGACCUUACAAAUUGCGCCGGUUGAGGGUGUCCUGGGCCUCUACCGGCCAUGGCUGUCACUUUACGGGAACCGCUUACAGGUUCCAUCGGCUGUCUCUGAACAGCAAGUGGAGCUGGCGCUGAUUCAGCGAACCAUUCCUCAGGAGCUCAUGGUCAUCAUCUUCAGCUUCCUGGAGCCUUACGCGCUCGGCAAGGCAGCGCUGGUCUGUCGUCAGUGGCGGAACAUCUCUGAGCAUCCACGGCUUUGGGAAUACGCUUGUCACGAGGCGUUUUCCUUGGGAAUUCCAAAUCAUGCAGAACGCCACAAGCUGAUGGCCACGCAGUACAGGUUUUCCUGGAAGCGCAUGUUCGUUCAUCACCCCCACCUCCGCUUUGACGGCCUCUAUGCGGCUCGCAACACUUACGUGCGGACAGGCGUGGUGGAAUUCACCAGCCACAGGCCCGUGCACCUUGUCAGCUAUUUCCGCUAUUACAGGUUCUUGCCGGACGGCACCUUUCUGUACCGCACUAGCCCCAACGUCGUCAGCAAGGUGGCCAACUGCCCCUCCCUCCGAGCUGUGCGGGGCCCGGGGGGGGAGGCAGCCCGGGCCAACCAGCCAUGGGACCGGGGCACCAAGGUCUACUGCGCGCUGGUGUACCCCAAUAGCACCUGUACGGAGCUGCGCUGCCGUCUAGCCAUGGCUUCCACACACCCGGGCGCCAACAACAGAUUGUAUAUCGAGUCCAUUGUGACGUACGACAGGGAGCUGCGUAGUACGGCGGAUCUUUCGGGACAGCAAGGUGGGAUGGGCAGGAGGGAAGGACCGGAUGCAGACGCGGAUGUGGACGCGGCGUCUGGCAAGUCACACAGCCGCGGUCUGGCGCCAUGCAUGUUCGUGCCCUGGGAGCAGGUGCACACCUCCCCCCUCAACCAGCCUUCCCACCUAAUGGACUUCAUGAUUGUGUAA